UCCGACAGUGAUCUGUUCUCCUCGUCCGUACCUACCUCGUAUUUCGGAUAUUGCUUUGAAAAUCGGCGCUAGUAUCGCAAAUUUUCGCUCCCUUUUUUCGCAAGAAAAUUUAUAGCAGCCUAGUUAACAUAUACGACCAAAGUCUCCAGCUCGGAGUUUUAUGUCUUGAGAGGAAAUUUUUCACACCUUUUUUUUGGGGCGCUUAGUGAUUUUGUAUCUCGCGUGUAAUGCAGCGUUUUACGAUGACUUCGAAAUUCGUAUCGAAUUAAGUUUUCAAGUGCGUCGUGUUGUACAUAAAAUUUUCGAACCAAUGGCUCUGGGCCUAGGGCCAGCGAUCAGUUCAAUGCCGGUUAAAUGUGAAUCAGUGAUAGUGGACAGUGCAUCGCCACCACCGGUUAAUGUCAAACAACCCCCUAGAAUUGUACCCCCUGUGAUGCCUAGUCCGGUUUUCGCGUUACCCACAUUGAAUUUCACCGUUUCCCAAGUGGCUGCCGUAUGCGAAACCCUCGAAGAAAGCGGAGAUAUCGAAAGAUUAGCCAGGUUUUUGUGGUCUUUACCCGUAGCUCAUCCAAAUAUUAGUGAAUUAAAUAAAAGCGAAGCUGUCUUAAGAGCUAGAGCCAUAGUUUCCUUCCAUAGUGGACAAUUUCGAGAAAUGUACAAUAUUCUGGAGCACAAUAAAUUUACAAAAGAUUCUCACGGUAAAUUGCAGGCUAUGUGGUUAGAAGCUCAUUAUCAAGAAGCAGAAAAAUUACGCGGAAGACCACUGGGACCAGUUGAUAAAUACAGGGUUAGAAAGAAAUUUCCACUGCCGAGGACCAUUUGGGAUGGAGAACAAAAAACACACUGUUUUAAAGAACGAACCAGAAGUUUACUUAGAGAGUGGUAUUUACAAGAUCCUUAUCCAAAUCCUACAAAGAAAAGAGAACUAGCUCAAGCUACAGGACUUACUCCUACACAAGUUGGAAAUUGGUUCAAGAAUAGAAGACAACGUGAUAGAGCAGCCGCCGCUAAAAACAGACUGCAACAGCAACAGUUAGCAGCUCAAUUAGCACAUUCUCGACAUCAGCCACAUGGCAGCAAUAGUAAAUUAUCAAGUCCUAGAAGAAGUAGCGAAACAUCGCAUAGUCCAGCACACAGUGACGACGACUCAGAUUCUGAUAUAAGUUUAGGAGGUCCUUCACCAGGUCCACAUAGUCUAACUUUAGGACCACCUUCACCAACGCCUAAUAGUCUACCACUAGGCCCUCCAACUCCACCAUCAUCGAUGAGUGGGAUAUUACCACCUUAUGCUAAUGUUACAUCUUCGACGUUACCUUUAGCUCUGCAUAGGCCAUUCUCAUCUCCUAGAUUAUCAUGAUAUUCAGCAAUUCACCCGCUCGUACCAGGCUGGUGAAUUGAUUCUGUUUGAUUAUGGUAUAAUUAUAUAAAUUGUUGAUGUUUAUUCUGUCAUUAAUGAUAAAGAAAAAAAUUAAAUGAAUACGUCGUUUAAAACGCAUUUAGUAGUUCAGUUCACGAAAUCGUAUUUCUAUAAGUGUUUCUCCUUUUUUUGUUGUGCAAUUUACGUUGUUGUGAUUUAUUAUUUUAUAAGACCGUAUGUAAAUUUUAGUCUAUAGUGUAUGUUUCUAUUUAAUUUAAAAUUGCAUAUAUGAAUACCCCCAUAUACCUGUUAUAUAUGCUUUGUGUUAAUUUUUCAACAUACGCUGUCGUAGUAGUUCCUUCGAAAGACUUCUCGAGUUCCUAUAUUAUCGCACAUUACUUUUAAUGCUAUAUGAGUAAUCAAAGUCCAGAGCUCGAGCAAAUUAAAAUUCUUUUCAUUCACGAGAUACUAUAUUGGUGCUUGAUGUACGCAAAUUGUACGGAAGCUAGGGUGUCCUUACUAUUGACUACCCUUACUUCAUACCCAUAUUGAUAGGUAAUAACAAAAAUUACAACCUACCUUCUAUUCGAGUUUUAUAAUUUAAAAACAUUCUAUAGUGAUGUUCUGUGGAAUAAAUUCAAAAUUUCGGAUAAAGAUAGUCUUUCGGUGAUACUUUUACUCGAAUAUUUAACAACAGAAUUUUAAGAAAUGAGAUUUAGGUAGGUACCUACUUAUUCAUCACGUAUAGCCAGGUAUCUACUUCAAAUAAUAUUUCACUGUAUUUUUUCUAAAAUAUUUCAAAGGAUUAUUAUUUGCACAAUCCAAAUAAUUUUUUUUUCUUUGACGUUUCAAUCAUGCAUUGAGCAAUUUUUCGUUAUAGGUACUUUUAAGACUAUUUUGUCAGAUUUCAAUCGAUGAUUUUGUGCAAUAUUUAAAAUUUGUACACGGCGCAUUUAAAUUAAGUACAACUUGAAAAGCCUUAUGUGGCAUUAGUUUGUCGUGACUGAAUUAUACCAAUUUGUACAGUCAUGAAAAUUCAUGUACCUAUAUAAUACUUGCGAAAAGGUUUGUCUUAUAGGCCUACAGACUUUUAAUUUAUACUCGGUGUUAUAUAUUAUUAUAUGUAAUAUCUAAAUGUAUUUAUUUACUUGAUAAAUAUAUAAUAUUCUUAAAACUAGA